CUUGUCGUGUGUGUAAGCACGUGCACCGAAAGGAGCGAAAUUCACAGCACCUGAUGUGAGAUGGUCAAUCAUUAGGCAUUGCUGCCACCACCAUCGUCGGUUGUCCGGUUUAUGCUGCUUCUCAAGCUUAUACUUUCAUGGAUAUUAGCAUUCAUUUUGAAUUUGGGUAACAGAGAGCAGUCUACGAUGGGGAUGAUAAGAAGCAGUUUCUCUUUUUUGCUGGAAACUGGCUGUGGUAUUUACAUAGCCCAGAACUACAACGUCCCAAACAUAAAGAAGCUCAUAACUCCUUGGAUGUUUGUAGCAAAUCACAUAGAAGAAACCUACAGGAAGCCUAACAAGGAUGUCAUCAGAAGGUAUCAAGAAACCAUAGCGGAUGAUACUUGAAGGUCACUACCAUGCCUUUUUUUCAACCUCCUCAUGCUUAGCCACAGUUACAGUGCUUCAAUUGCCUUGCUUUCCCUUGUUGAAGCUUCUGAAACUUCCAUGCGGGCCACUGCUGCGUGUGGAAAACCUUGAUGCAACUCUUUUUUAAACUUUCAUACUUACAUAGGACUAUGUAAAUACUCUCUCUGUCCUUCCAAUUUUAUUGGGUGUCUUCAGAGUGGCAUCAGUUUUGUAGACAACUAACAUUGAUAUAUAAUCUAAACAUUUGCCGGUGGAGGUUUCGAAUUUUUA